AUGCACAAGCCGGACAGGUCCUUGAGGCUAUGCGUCGACUAUAGGCUAAACACCACGGUGGUCUUCGACACGCUCCCCAUGCCACAUGUGGCUGAAUUAGUAGAAUGCAUCGGGAACACCCAGUACAUCAUGACCCUCGACCUCGUGAAGGGGUACUGGCAGAUCCCCACAGCCAGGGAAGAUCAGCUGAAGACCGCAUUCCGGACCCCGUGGGGACUCUACGAAUUCAUGAGGAUGCCAUUUGGGCUCCACGGCGCAGCCGCAACGUUUCAGCGCCUGAUGGACUGGGUCUUAGCACCUCACGUGGAAUACACUGCGGCGUAUAUAGACGACAUUGUCGUGUUCUCGCAGACACGGACCAAUGCCUCAGAGACAGCAGUUAGAGCCGUCCUCACCCAGGAGGAAGAGGGGGCAGAGAGACCAGUUGCCUACACCAGCCGCAAACUACUACCAGCAGAAACAAGGUGUACAGACGAAGCCCAGACUGAUGACCCAAAAAGCCAAGCCGAGGAGAUCACCAACCUACCAGGGGCCCGGGGCAACAAGGAGGCGUGCUGCAGAAAACUGCCCAAGCGGUUUAUCAGCCAUGCCCAUCUCCAGCUGGGGCCAGGUGACGCAACAAGGAGGCAUCUCUUGGUGAAGAUAAAAAAUCAGCCCGGAAAGUGCAGGAGCAGGGACACCGAGGGCCAGAGGACCAGUGGGGAACUGCCGGAUGGAGAGCAUCCAGCCACUGUUGGCAGCAGCAGCGGCUGCAGGAGCUGUAAAGGAUCCCUGAGCCGGGGAAGACCAGCGGGGAUUGAAGACGCUGGCAGGGAAGCCAGUAGCGGCAGCAGGAGCUGCAGGGAAUCCCUGUGCCGAAGAAGUCCGGCGGGGAUCAAAACAGCCGACAGGGAGAGCCGGCAUGGGAGCGCUUACGAGAGGCAACGGGGGCUGCAGCCACAAGGCAGAGGCAGGUCCCAGAGGGGAAGAAGGAGACCCCGGCUGGGGUGGAGUCAUGGACCCCGACUCUGA